AUGAGUCCAGGCCAGGGCGCCGGCGGCGACGCACGUAAGGGCUGCCGGACGGGCGGCGGCGGCGGCGGCGGCGCGGGGCGUCCCGCGACGGCAGCCGGGGCCUGGGCGGUGAGCGCGCUGUGCCUGCUGCUUUCCGCCGGCUCGGCGGCCGCCUGCCUGCUGCUGGGCGUCCAGGCGGCCGCGCUGCAGGGCCGGGUGGCGGCGCUCGAGGAAGAGCGGGAGCUGCUGUGGCGCGCGGGGUCGCCGGACACCCUGGUCGCCUGGGCCGAGCCGCAACUGGAGCGCCUGCUGCGCGAGAAGAUGGAGGGACCAGUCAAGCUCCGGACAGUUCGAGAAGCACCGACGGACUGUGUCUGUCCCCCAGGCCCCCCUGGACGGCGUGGCAAGCCUGGAAGAAGAGGUGAUCCCGGUCCUCCCGGGCAAUCAGGACGAGAUGGCUACCCGGGACCACUGGGUCUGGAUGGCAAGCCCGGACUUCCAGGCCCCAAAGGAGAAAAGGGUGCACCAGGAGACUUUGGCCCCCGGGGAGAUCAAGGGCAAGAUGGAGCUGCUGGGCCUCCAGGGCCCCCAGGACCCCCUGGGGCCCGGGGCCCUCCUGGCGACACUGGGAAAGAUGGCCCCAGGGGAGCACCAGGCCCAGUGGGUGCCAAAGGAGAAGCUGGACAAGAUGGCGAGACGGGCCCGAGUGGACCCCCAGGGCCCAAGGGGGAUGAUGGGACACCAGGCCAGCCAGGGCUCCCAGGACCCUCAGGGCCCAAGGGGGAGCCCGGCCAGCCAGGCGCCGAUGGAGCCACAGGGCCGCGGGGUGCCCCAGGCCUCAAGGGUGAGCAAGGAGACACGGUGGUAAUUGACUACGAUGGCAGGAUCUUGGAUGCCCUUAUGGGUCCUCCUGGGCCACAGGGGCCCCCCGGGCCACCAGGGAUCCCUGGAGCCAAGGGCGAACUCGGAUUGCCUGGUGCUCCAGGAAUCGACGGAGAGAAGGGUCCCAAAGGACAGAAAGGAGACCCAGGAGAAGCUGGGCCGAUAGGACCCAAAGGGGAAGCAGGAGAGAUGGGCCUGUCAGGCCUCCCGGGUGCCGACGGCCCCAAGGGGGAGAAGGGAGAUCCGGCAUCUGACAACCUACAGGAGAGCCUGGCCCAGAUCAUAGUGGAACCAGGGCCCCCAGGCCCCCCUGGUCCCCCAGGCCCCAUGGGCCUUCAGGGAAUCCAGGGUCCCAAGGGCUUGGACGGAGCAAAGGGAGAGAAGGGCAUGUCGGGUGAGAGAGGAUCCAGUGGCCUGCCUGGGCCAGCUGGCCCACCAGGCCUUAUUGGGCUGCCAGGAACCAAAGGAGAGAAGGGCCGACCCGGGGAGCCAGGACUAGAUGGUUUCCCUGGACCUCGAGGAGAGAAAGGCGACCGGAGCGAGCGUGGAGAGAAGGGGGAGCGCGGUGUCCCCGGUCGGAAAGGAAUGAAAGGCCAGAAGGGCGAGCCGGGACCCCCAGGCCUGGACCAGCCAUGUCCAGUGGGCCCUGAUGGGCUGCCCGUGCCUGGCUGCUGGCAUAAGUGACCCCAAGCACGCAUCUCACAACCUGUACAGAUCCGUGUGGACAUUUUUAAUUUUUGUAAAAACAAAACAGUAAUAUAUUGAUCUUUUUUCACGGGAUGCACCACCAUACCUGUGGCCUUUUGACAUUUGAGAGUGUGCCCAGCCCAGCCCCAGAAUGAUCAGCACGUGAAGCUGCCAGGAAAGUGGACAGGCCCAUUGGGGGCAAUGUGUACUUGAGGGGCACCCUCAGGACUUGGCUUUCCCGGGAAGGAGAUGAAGGUGAAAGUGCCUGGCUCAGGAGAGGCUGCAAAGAUGUCAGGUUGGGCCUUCAGUCACCUGAUUAGCAGAGACUCUGGCUGUCCCGCUGCCCUGCAAGAGCCUGCCCUCUGAAGCUCUGGAGCCCAGGAUCCACACCAUCCAAAAAGGCUCAGGGCAUGAAUGGCAAAUGCAGCUGCUCCUGGCCUCUCUGGCCUCUGCACUCAGCCACAGCCAGCUGACAGGACUCCCACCCACCACUUGUAGCUGGACACGGGGAGCUGUGGGAAGCACCCUAAGGGGUUGAGCCCCCGCCAAGUUCCGUAGGCCUCAGGAACCAGCCUGCCUUCCGUGAGAACAAGUGUCCUCUGGCCGGGAGUGGAGGCCAAGCACUGUGAUAACUACCACAUGGACCCAGCAGCAGGGAGCCCUAUGAUCCCCAAAUGUGGAGGUCCCAGGCUGGAAUGUCUGUUGUUCUUGUCUCUGCACCACCCACAGCAGGGACCUGAUGGGACUUUGCCAGCCUGAGGAGAUGGACCCCAAGCUCAGAGUUGGCGUCUCACCGACCCCAAGGCUUCCACCCAGGGGAACUCUGGUCAGCCUGCCAAAAAUGAGUCCUCCGAGUGAGCUAUGCAAAUGAAGAGAGCCUCGGGGCUGCUUCCAGGCCUGCCUAAGUAGGGCACCUAUGCCCUGAGCCAGUGAUGCUCUGAGAAGAGGCUUCCCCACCUCUGACAAGGGUUCCCGGCCACCAGCUCCAGCCCAACCACUUGCCUACCCCCUCUGUGUAGAUGGAAAUUGUUGCGUGAAAUAAACAACAAAUGUGUGUCUUGG